AUGGAUCUCCGCGUCGGUGGUAAAUACCGUCUCGGAAAAAAGAUAGGGUCUGGCAGCUUUGGUGACAUUUACCUUGGUGUCAACAUCAUCUCGGGCGAAGAAGUCGCCAUUAAACUUGAAUCCGUGAAGGCCAAGCAUCCUCAGCUUGAGUAUGAAUCCAAAGUUUACAAGACCCUUGCCGGCGGUGUCGGCGUUCCCUUCGUCCGUUGGUUUGGCACAGAGUGUGAUUACAAUGCCAUGGUGCUAGAUCUCCUUGGACCAAGCCUUGAGGAUCUCUUUAACUUCUGCCAGCGCAAGUUCAGCUUGAAGACGGUGCUAUUGCUUGCUGACCAGCUGAUUUCUCGUAUUGAAUACAUUCAUUCGCGUAACUUUAUCCAUCGCGAUAUCAAGCCUGACAAUUUCCUUAUGGGAAUUGGCAAGCGCGGUAACCAAGUAAAUGUCAUCGAUUUUGGUCUUGCCAAGAAAUACCGCGACCCGAAGACUCAUCUUCACAUCCCAUACCGCGAGAACAAGAACCUGACUGGGACCGCUCGCUAUACCAGCAUUAAUACCCACUUGGGUGUUGAGCAAGCCAGGCGUGAUGAUCUCGAAUCGUUGGCGUAUGUCCUUAUGUACUUCCUCCGUGGUCAACUCCCUUGGCAAGGCUUGAAGGCUGCGACGAAGAAGCAGAAAUACGACAGAAUCAUGGAGAAGAAAAUGACGACACCAACAGACCUUCUCUGCCGUGGCUUCCCCAAUGAGUUCGGCAUCUUCCUUAAUUACUGCCGUGCUCUCCGUUUUGACGACAAGCCCGAUUAUUCGUACCUCCGCAAACUUUUCCGAGAUCUGUUCAUUCGAGAAGGCUACCAGUACGAUUACGUCUUCGACUGGAGCUUAGCGCAACGGGCCCCUCUCGAAGACAACCGUGUUAAGAAUGAUUCACAAGUUCGACGUAAGGUUGUGGGCGAGGAGGAGGAGCCGAAACCUUCCGAUAGAAUGCUUCGUAGCCAAACCCGCGCUGCUGCCAGCGGUCAGCAACCCACCUCCGGUCAGCCACGUGCCUCGACCCGCGAACGUGACCAAGGGUAUUACUGA